AUGGUCCUAAAAGCACUCACAGUAUUUUCUGAGGAAGUAGAUUUCAAUGCUCAGGUAGCCGAGCUGUUGGCCGUGAAGACCCAGCUGGAGAGCGUGAAGAAACAGAACGCUGAGCACCUGAAGGUGGCGUUCAGCGCCGGAUUACCUGCAGGACAGAGAGGACCGUUUACCACUGAAACCACUCUGGUCUACAGUAAAGUCAUCAGCAACGUCGGAGAAGCUUAUAACCCACACACAGGCAUGUUCACGGCUCCAGUUAAAGGCGCGUACUACAUUCGCUUCACAGCCGCCGCCUACCACAGCAAUGACAACAACAUGGGCGUUCAUUUAUACAAGAACAAGGAGCACCUGAUGCACCUGGGCGAGUACGACAAAGACGGCACGGCGAGACACGUGUCCGGUGCUCUGGUGCUCAAGCUGGAGGUUGGAGACGUUGUUGCGCAGGAAGUGGAAUCUUAUGGAGACUGUCAACCUUCAUGUGAAGAGCUAAAGCAGCUCAGAGAGCUGGUGUACCAACAGGCAGCCGCUUUAUCUGAGAUCAAGACCAAGAUGGUGUACAUGGAAAAGGAGAACGCAGCUCAAGCAGCCGAGCUGUUGGCGGUGAAGAGCGAGCUGGAGAGCUUGAAGAAACCUAAGCCUGAACGUCCGAAGGUGGCGUUCAGCGCUGGAUUACCUGCAGGACAGUUAGGACCAUUUAACACUGAAACCACUCUGGUCUACAGUAAAGUCGUCACCAACAUCGGAGGAGCUUUUAACCCACACACAGGCAUGUUCACAGCUCCGGUUAGAGGUGUGUACUACAUCCGCUUCACAGGUGCCGCCUACAACACUGACUCCAAUAACAUGGGCAUUAACCUUUACAAAAACAACAACUUGCUCCUGCACCUGGGCGAAGGCGCCAAAGACGGUCAACUCAGACACGUGUCCAGCGGCCUGGUGCUCGAGCUGCAGCCUGGAGACGUUGUGUAUCUCCGCCUCUUUGCCGACUACGCCCUCUACGAUGACCAGCUGCUGCGCAACACCUUCAGCGGCUUCCUUCUUUACCCUUCCUGAUUAACCUCUAAUGCAAUGAGUUUAUCUGCACUCAAGUGUAAUUCUGUUAAAUACUUUCAAUUCAUUAUGUUACAAGCGAUAAUGUUUAGACUGAAGGAGUGACACAUCACAUGACCUUUAUGAACAUAAUUAAAAUUAAGAACUAAAAUGUAAAUAUUUCUGGCUGUGGUUCAUGUUUAUUAUCCAGGAAGAGCUUCCAGAUACCAUGUUUCAUCUUUUGUGUAGUUACAACAACAACAUACAGUAAUGAGGACUUCAUGAACUUUUUCAAUAACAAUAUUGUAAAUAUUAGGCAAAACAUUCAGGCUUUGAAAACAGACAAUUUAAGUGAUACAGAUGAUAAACUAACCACACCACAUCAGAACCUAGAAUACUUUCCUCCCCUUAAAGAGAAUAAACUAAUUUCACUAAUCUCUUCUUUAUAAUCGUCAACCUGUGAAUUAGAUCCUGUACCGACACAUUUUCUCAAGCAGAUAGUACCAGCAAUAACAGAACCCCUGUUGGAAAUAAUUAACUCUUCACCCAGCAGUGGGUA